AAUCUUAAGUUAAUCAGUUAAGCUAAUUUAAAAUUACAAGCUAAAAGGAUGACUUCAUAUACAUCGAAGGCAAAUGCAAAGGAAUUAAGAAAGGGGAAGCGGGAAAAUCCUAGACGUCGAUAUUCGUUCCUCGCUUUGAGGAAAGAUGGAUUGCGUCGACGGAGCGAAAGCGCCCAUGCUUUUAUUAAGGAUGACGAGAAAUAUUGGUAUCGCUGUGCUAUGGAAUGUAACAUGGAGGAAAUCAAACGCUUACUUCAAAGGGAUUCUAGUCUCCGUUCAAAAAAGGACAUGGUGAUGGGGUUUACAGCGCUUCACUGGGCCGCCAAAAAAGGGCACAGAGAAAUGGUGGAGUUUCUAGCAAGUACUGGAAUGGACGUCAAUCUCAAAACGACUAAGGCCCUGGUCGACUUAACUAGAGCACUCUUUAAUUUCUUUUUCUUUUUCAUGUGUUGUCAACCAUUCACAAUGAUUAAACGACAAAUAAAGGGGGGGUACACGGCACUACAUUUCGCCGUUAUUCAAGGCCACGAGGAAGUUAUUUCAAUUCUUAUUGAAGAUUAUGGCGCUGAUAUCAAUAUACGGGAUAACAGUGGAAGAAAACCAAGACAUUACUUGAGGGAAGACACGUCACUGUGGAUCCAAAGGAUGCUUGGGAAAGAUUCAAAACCUGCAGUCAAUGUCAGCGAUGAAGAUGGGGCCAUUGCAAAGAGCCUGGAGACUAUUGGUUCAUUAUUACUUCCGAUAACGUCACUUUCGAUGGAUUCCUUGAGUACAUCAUUAGGCUCAGGUCUCGAUAAGAUUGGCUCAGAUAGUGAUCCGCUCACCACGAAUGAUAAUAAUAACGAAAACGACAACACUCCAAUACAGAAAGGGAGAUCAUCAUCUUUCGUGAAGUUUUGCCACAGCUUUAAAGGAAUAACGAAAAAAGACAAAAGUACGAACCUUGAAAUCCCUGACGACGGCACACCGAGGUACUACCGAACUGGACGCGCCAAAUCAGCACCGGAUAUCAAACACGUUAUUGACUGGAAACCAAGGAUCCUUCUCUUGCCACAAUGAUGACGUCAUAGGUUUAACCAUAGACCAGUCUCUAUUACCUCGCACCACCAGACUGGCUAACGCACCUGGGAUUCCACUUGUCAGACAGUUAUUGAACACGAAUUUACAAAGGGUCGGUAAUAAGCCUGAAGCGAGAUGACGUUUUACCCCCGACUCUAUACCAUAAUAGUUUUUAAAAUUCAUUCAUGUUAAAAUUUUUGAUUCCUUAGAGAAUACAGGAAUAGUCAUAAUUAAAGAACAAAAGCAGUGUGAAAAGGAUUAUGGUCUAGAGACGGGGGUAAAACGUCAUCUCGCUUCAGGCUUAUUCACCCUUCUCACGGUAGCGAGCCUGCCCAGUGAACCUGGUUUUCAUGUAUUUCACGUACAUUUCUUUACAAAAAGUCCACAAAAAGAUUUGGACUCAAAAAUUCAUAUCUUCCUCAGUUUGCAUAAGAGCAAUCUCUACGAAACAUAGCAAUUUUAUUAUUAUCAAUGUGAAAAUUUUGAUCGUAAACUCAAUAUCACUGGUUCUCUAGCGGGUGCCUGUGCUUUUUGAUGUGUGUUUUUCUGGUUUCACGCUAAAAGACUGGGUCGAUUUGGCAUUGCAGGGCAUUGUGGGGCUGCCUUAGGACAUAAUUCCAAAAUGGCGUCUAUUUCGUCCCCUAAUAUAGAAAAUCUCAUUAAAGAAUGUAUAUUUUUCUGA